CUCCAGGUGGAGCCUGCCGUACAAGGUGACGGAGGCCGGCGGCCCUCACUCAGUCCGGUGUACCGCCACGUGUGGAGCCAGGACGGAUUCCCGCGCGCACCCUUCGGCGCCGCCACCUCGUACGACUUGUGGCGGAACAGCGUACAGCGCCAGGGCCCGGCCCCGUGCCUCGCCUGGCGCAUUGCCACACAAGACGGCAAGCCGGGCCCCUUCAUCUCCAUAUCGUACGACGAGACCGAGCGGCAGGUGGAAUUGCUCUCUGCGGGUCUGGCAGCUGCUGCCGGGCUGCGGGCGGGUGAGCGAGUCGCCGUCUACGCGGCCAACUGCCCGGAGUGGAUGCUGGUACUGCAGGCCUGCAACCGCAUGAACUACGUCUGCGUGCCUGUGUACGACACGCUAGGUCGCGAUGCCGUACAGUACGUCGUAAACCACUCCGGUCGCACCUGUAGCAGCAGUAGCAGCGGCACCAUCGCUGCCAUCGCCAGCAGUGCUUCACACGAAGCAAACUCUGUAGCCGUUACUGACGGGGAGGUGAAGGACGCGAUGCGGCCGCGUGUGCGUUGUACGACAUAUACGGAGCUCUUGGAGCUUGGGAUGCGGGCGGGUGCCGUACCGCCGCCUCAGCCUCCUCGCCCCCGCGACCUGACCACCAUCAUGUAUACCAGCGGUACAACGGGGGAGCCGAAAGGUGUCCAGCUCCCCCACUCGGCGGUGGUGGCGACAAUAGCCUCCUUAGCAGCCGCCCUGGAGCACUACAACGAGCAGGUACGACCAGGCGACUCCAUGUUGUCGUACCUGCCGCUGGCGCACAUCUUUGACCGGGUUUCGGAGGAGACCUGUCUGGCUGCGGGCGGCUGUAUCGGCUAUUGGUCAGGCGACGUGACGCGGGUGGGCGAGGACGCGGUCGCGUUCAAGCCCACGGUUUUCAUUGGGGUGCCCCGCGUGUACGACAAGUUUUUCGAAACGGUCCAGGAGCGACUGGCUCAAGUGCACUGGCUACGACGCUCCAUCUUCCAGGCCAUGUACGACAGGAAGCUUGCCGUAUUGCGCGGUGGCGCCAGGCCCGACGCAGCGACGCUGCGGCUCAUCGUAUUUGGACGAGUUCGUCGGGGCCUCGGCGGUCGACUCAGGUUGGUGGUCAGCGGCGGCGCCCCCCUGUCGUACCGUGUCGAGGAGUUUCUCCGCGUCACCCUAGGUUGCCCGGUGUCUCAAGGAUACGGCCUGACGGAGACGUGUGCGGCGUCGUUCCUGCAAAACCCGUACGACUGCGCCCAGGCCGGCAGUGUGGGGCCCCCCCUGCUGUGUACGGAAUUCCGGUUACGUUCCGUACCUGACAUGGGUUACCUUGCGGAGGGCGGAGGGGAGAUGAGCCAGAUGCCGGCGGGGGAGCUGCUGCUGCGGGGCCCGCAGCUGUUUACAGGUAUGUAUGAGGAGGAGGAGGAGGUCCAUGACCCCCGCCGCGGCCGCUGGUUCUGUACGGGCGAUAUCGCGACGUUGAGACCGGACGGCAGUUUGGAGAUCGUUGACCGAAUCAAGAACAUGUUCAAACUCAGUCAGGGGGAGUACAUCAGUCCCGAGCACCUCGAGGCGGUGUACGGCGAGGCACCUGUCGUAGAGCAGAUCUGGGUGUACGGCGAUAGUCGUAAGCCCUUCCUGGUGGCGGUGGUGGUGCCGAAGCUUCGGGAGGUGCUGCCGUUGGCGGGAAAGAUGGAAAUUAUUGCACCUGGCGCACCCGCUGCCGCCGCCGCCGCCGCCGCCGCGGCCAAGGCAAUCGGGCGCGUUAAUCACCUUCGCGGCUUCGAGAUUGUACGGGCCGUGCACCUGGUUCCGGAGCCGUUCAGUCCGGAUAAUGGCCUGAUGACGGCUACUUUAAAGCUGCGACGGCCGAUGCUGCUGCGGCGCUACCGGCGGGAGGUGGACGAGAUGUACGAACAA